AACAUAAAAGUGUAUACAUAUAACAUUAUGUGAAUCAUAUUUAUGGAUAUAACUACUAAUCACAAUAAAUAUUAUUAUUGAACAAUGCGAAAACUUUAUUGUACUCGCUGAUAUCCCUAAAGUUUCUAUAAUCCUACCAAAUCAAAAAGUACACGUUUGUUAUGACUUUAAGCUUUCGAAUGACCGUUCAAAUUAAGGAGCAUUAUCGUGAAAAAUUUACAAUUUGGGAAUCUAAAUAUUUGACAAAAUACAUCACAAAGUUCAUUAAAAACAUGAAAUGUUACACUUUAUAUUCAAAACAAUAGAUAUUAAUCAGUACAAAUAGCAAAUGUAAGCACAAAACAAACUUACCGAUGAAAGGUGAUAUUAUCAAUUUUUCGUUGACUGAUGCUGUUGCAUCCUAAAAUGCUACAACUUACCAUCUUUUUCACCUUACCUAAUAAAUAAGAUCCACAAAAAACACUAAAUUCAAUUAGCUGUUUGCUUAUAAUAUCAAUAUUAUUCAAAAGAGCUUGACAUCGUUAAUGUCAAAUAAAGGAGGGAAAACAAUCAAAAACGCAUACCUAGAAAAAGACAUGAAAUAUAGAUUUGCUUCUCCCUUACUCUUAUGUCUAACUAUAUACGUGCAUUUCUUUCACACGCUGAUGACGUCACUGAAUGUUUAGUCUAUAAGAUACUAUGUCUAUGUAUUGUUUUGUAGACAAGUAUGCAAUUAUUUUUUAUCUCCCUAGUUAACACAGAAAAAUAAUCAAAAAUAGAUAUUAAAAUGCUCAAUUUAAUCGAGAAUCGAUUAUUAUAUUAUAGAUAUUAUGUAAUAAACAAUGUUGAAUAAAAAUCAUUCUAUUCUAUAAAAAUAUCACAAUAUCGAAAAAGCAGCAAUUUAUUACAAAUUUCCAAACAUUGCAUGUGGGUAAUUUUUUUCCAGAAUAAGCAUUUUGUAGGUUGGCUAACUAAGGACUCUCUUUUUACUCUUUGACUUUAUGAUUAGUUAGGUACAAAUGUUAUUGACUCUGCAUCGUUAUUUGCUAUGAUUAUGUAAUGUUUUCAGGAUGGGAUGUCACAACUGAACAUAAUUAUUGUAAAGUGCAAGAUGACGAUGAUUUCACAGAAGCUGUGGUAGUGAUUAGAAAGCCUGGAAGUGAUGUUACGAUUGAACACAAUUACUGCAAAGAGCAAAAUGAUUGUUCCAAAUCAUCGGUAGAGAUUGGAUCAUCAGAUGUUGGAAAUUCUCAUGAACAGCCUUCAUGUUCAAAUUUUUCAACUGUUGCAACAGUUGUAGAAAAUAAAGAUACAUUCCUGGAGCAACCUCCAAGUGCAAGUACCAAAGGCAUGGAGAUAGAUGUUCUCGAAGAACUCGUAGGAAUUGAUUCUAAUGUUAAUGUGGUGAAUCAAAUGUUGCCAAAAGGUAGCACAUGUACAAAAAAGCAAAAAGGUUCGGUGAAGAAAAUAGUAUCAAGGAAAAGAAAAUUGGUUAAAAUUUUGACUAAUAUUGCAACUGAAACUUUAAGUGACUCAGUAUCACAAAGACUUGAUCAAGCCCAAUCCCUAUCAAGAAAUAAAGACCUUUUGGAAAACUUUUAUUUGUUAAACAAACAAGCGCAGACUUUCUUGUUUAUGCAAUUAAAACAAAUUCAUAAAAGCAAAAUGGCCAGAAGGUUUACCUUAGAUGAAAAAUUAAUGGCGUUGCUCAUAAUGAAACAAAGCCCCAAAAGUUAUAAACUAUUAGAAAAAAUGUUUGCCUUGCCUAGUAAACGGACAUUAAAUAGACUUUCUGAGAAGGUUUCAAUACAACCAGGACUCAAUCCAUUAAUAUUUGAACAUAUAUCAAAUACAACCAAAAAAUGGGACACUAAACAAAAGCUAUGUACAAUCGUUUUUGACGAAGUCUCUCUAACACCACAUUUAACUUUUAAUGAAAAAGAUGAUAUAAUUAAUGGGUUUGUAGAUAUAGCUGGAGAGAGAAAACUGAAAUAUUGUGAUCAUGCUUUAGUUUUUAUGCUAAGAGGAAUAUGCUCUCCAUGGAGACAGAGUGUAGCAUUUUAUUUCUGUGAAGGCACAGUAUCAGCAGCAGAGCUGCAAUGCAUUUUAAAACAGAUUGUGCCCCAAGUGAUACGAACUGGGUUAAUACCUUUAGGUCUUGUUUGUGACCAAGGGUCCACAUUUCGAACAGCAAUAAGAAGACUUAGGGAAGAUACAAUUCGUAGGCGGAAUAUUCAAGGUGUUCAUGAUGGUGUGUACCAUUAUUAAUUACUUAAAAACUAGUUCUACUUCAUGACAAAUAUUAUAUAUUUUAAUUAUUUUACAGAUGGAUCGGUUAAUAUUGCUGAUCACGAUUUAAGCAUAUUUUUUGACCCACCUCAUCUCUUAAAGGGUUUAAGGAAUAAUUUUUUAAAUAAAGAUAUAAUUUGGGAAGAAAAAACUGCCUCUUGGAAAGAUAUUGAGUUCAUUUUUGAUUUGGAUAGCAAAUUGGGGCACACAAGGGCACUACCAAAGUUAACGGCUCAUCAUGUUGAUCGCCAAAAGAUCAAAAAAAUGAAGGUCAGCGUAGCUGCUCAAGUAUUUAGUGCUCGAACUGCUGCUAUGCUCAAAUAUACAAAUGCACUCAAUUAUUUUCAUACUGCAAACUCUGACGCAACAAUGGCCACAACAGCAGAAGUUGUUGAAUUCUUCGACACACUGUUUGACAGCGUCAAUGGCUACCCGGGUGGUGUGCAAAGAGGAAAGUUAAGACGAGCGGUUAAACAAAAUUCACAACAUCACACUUUUUGGAUUGAGGCCAUUAAUAAAAUUAAAAAAAUGGUUUUUGUAGACACCAGUAGCAAACAUGCUACAAAAGCAGGAAAACCUCGACUUGUGCGAGUGCCAUCCCAACAAGGAUGGAUUACAACUCUUGAAAGUUUUAUAAGGGUCUCCAAAUUGUUAUUUGAACAGUAUAAUGUAGAAUAUUAUUAUCCGAGGAAUAUUAAUCAAGACCCAUUAGAAAAUUUUUUUGGCCGUAUAAGAGCUAUAAAUUAUAGAAAUGUUAACCCAGAUGCAAACACAUUUAUAUAUGCCUUUAAAUCUUUGAUGUUAUCUAACAUGCUUAGUCCACAUUCCAAAUUCUCUAACUGUGAAGAGGAUAAUGGAGAAACAUUAUUAAAUGUUAGUCUUCUUUUUAAAAACCUUCAUAAUAAUAAAGAAAAUGACUCGGAAAACACUGUCAGUAUUUCGCGAGAUCUCCCAUCUUCUUCACAAGCAAGUUCAAGAGAAAAGUUGCUGGUGAAUGAUGUAGUCAUGGAAAAAAUCAAAGUCCACUGCUCAGCUUACACUGCUGGAUACAUUUGUCGGAAAAUAACGAGAGCGAUUCGUUGUAAGGAUUGCAUCAAAACAUAUAUUAGCAGUACGGAGACAAACAUUCACUCUUACAUUAAAUUUAGAGAGUAUAAAUUGUUAAAAAAUAAUAAUUUGGCAUACCCUAACGAAAAAUUCCUUAUCUUGUACAGGGAUGGUACUCACUUUAUUCAUAACUAUUUGAAUUAUAGCUGUAUUGGAAGUAAUAUAAAAAGUAAUUUGAAAAGAAAAAUAUUGAGCACUUUGAGUUUUUCCUGCCUAGGGUGUGAUAAGCAUGCCUUAAUUGUAAAAAACUUUUUCACCAAUAUUUUAAUUAGAUUACAUGGACACAAUUGGUGCAACAUAAACAAUAAAAUAUUGAAAGGUGAUAUUGAUGAAAAAUAUGUAUCUAAAAUGGGUGAACCCCAAAAAUUGGCCUUAAAGAAGUAUAAAAGUCUUAGGUUAAGAAAAAAAUGUUUAAGUAAAUAAAAUGUUGGUGAAGUGACGACCUGGAUAUGCAGGUGGCUUAGGACCGUGCUUUGUGACAUUUCUUGGGGGAGGCCUACGUUUAGCAGUGGACUUGUGAAGCGCUGUAAUGAUGACGGUGGUUAAAUAGAAUGUUCGGAUUCCUGAAACGUAAACUCUGUUUCAGGUCCCCGCAAACCAAGUAUAUAACGAGGCGAUAUUGCGAAUAGCUAUGUUGUGUGUGCCGGACAGGUACGUGUGGUGCCGGAAGCGGCCUCCACCAUUCGAGACACCGCGCGCACGUACCUUCCAAACGAGGCCCACUGACCCGAGUGCUGCACACUAAAUAAAGUAGCUCAGGAUGUAGAUUUAUUCUGCUGUUCCUUGGGUGAAUUUACCUAAGUGACAUUAUAUUAUGUAUUAUGUUAUAAUAGUAGAUAAGUUGUGUUCUGUCCUUAUUAAAUUAGAUAGUUUUAUAUGCCUACACUGUCGUAUUAGGUACGCCUGUAAAGACAGAGGUAGAAAUAAAUAAAUAAAGUUACUCCCUAAAAAUCUCUGGUCUGUAGCAACCUAGAAUAUGCUUCUAUAGCGCGGAGUCGAUUUUAUGCUACAUUACGCUAUUAGCAUCUUGAGCAUACUUGUUAUUUUUAAUGUUGAUGUCGAUAUUUGUUUAUUUUUCAGAUGCUUAUCACGGAACAACCUCCAAGUGAAAGUACCAACACCAAGGAGAUAAAUGUUCUUUUUAAAAGUAAUUUAUGUUACCAUAUAACUUAGUUAUAUGAUAAUAUAGAUUACUUUUUAAUUACGAUUAUACUAAACUGUCGUUAACAGUAGCCAUACAGAGUUAAUACAUACAAUAUAGAUGUAUACAUUAUAUAUUUAUUCUUUAAUUUUGGGUUUAUGUAUAAGAGCAUAAAAUUCACAAAUAUUGUUUGUUUUCAGGAAUAGAAAUCUGAUGUGAAAAGCUGAUGUGGUGAGACAAAUGUUGCCAGAAGAUACAAAAUGUACACAUUGGCAAAAUGGUUACGUGGUGAAGAAAAUGAAAUAAAAGAAGAGAUGUUAAAAUUUAAAAAAAAGGUUGUAACUUGUGUGCAAAAAAAAGGGUGAACAAUCCUCACAAAGACUUGCUUAAUGUCCAAUCUAUUUUAAAACUGUAGAGAACUAUUUGAAAACCUUUAUUUUAUGUUAAACAAAUAACUUUCUUAUUAAUACAAUUAAAAUAAUUUUGUAAAAAAAAUGGCCAGGCCAAAAAAGUAACUUGAAAAGUAAAAUAUUAAGCACUUAAAUAUGAUUCAUGUGGUUUAAUUUGCUUUAUUUAAUGAACUAUAAAUAUUGCUCUGUUUCUCGUCAAAUUGUACUUAUUUAUGCACAAUGUUAUGUACGAUUUUCUAAUUUGUUUAUAUAACUUAAUGUGCCUUUAAUUUAAUCCUAAAAUUACGUAUGUAUAUGAUGUAGGUGUGCUUGAAUAAAAAAUAAAUGUUAAUGUAU